ACACGGAUUUUUUUUCAGAUGGGGUAAUUUGACUCACGGUUGUAUAAAUUACACUUCUGAACAGUUAAAGACAUUUGUACAUAAUCAUACACAACGUAUAAUGUGCCUGAUGUAUUUUGAAUGUAUUCUGGCAGCGUUAGUACUUCUACUCAUUUGUAUAUACUUUCCUGGAAAACCUCCCCUACCUCCUACUGCUUCGGCUCAUUUGGAUAGGCUGGACUUCAUCACUUCCUUUAAACUUCUAAGAAAAAAUACAAAUUUCUGGAUUAUAUCUUUGGGUUAUGCCAUUACUAACUCGACAUUUGCUAACUGGAUUAGCAUGUUAGGGGUUGCGUUAGAAUCGUUAAAUAUCACACAGAAUGAAUCCAGUAGAAUGGCCACAUUCGCAACAUUAAUCGGUUGCAUCCUUUCUCUUUUCAUGGCAAGGUAA